AAACUUUUUCUUGCCAUCUAACGCGCCAUCUCCCGUUUGCAUCCAUCUCCCGUUUGCAUUGUCCAGGGGGGUACUGUGGUGCUCCUAAUGACGUGAAAACAAUCGCUACUAGAUCUCGCAAAAUAUCCAGAUCUAGUUAGCACCGCGAGGUUGGACAGGGUUGAAGGAGCUAGACGGCAUCUUCGGGAUCGUUGGCGAGCCUCGUCCAGCCUACCUCGUUGCGGCAAGAUACACGAGACGAGCCUCUCGCACUCACCUCGUUAUAGUAAGAUACACGAGACGAGCCUCUCCUGGCCACCUCGUUGUGGUAAGAUACACGAGAUGUAGGUCCACGAUAGACAUGGAAUUCUGUGUAUAUAAAAGAGAGCAAGUCGCCGUCGAGAUAAUGUUUAUUCAGCACCUUCAGCGACGACAGCGAACUAACAACAUAAGCCAACGUCUAUUAUCAGAACUCCUACACCGAACUAGAAAUAGACUAGGAAACACAAGCCUUCAACCUUUUUUAAGUCUUUUUUAUCACACCUUAGACAUCUCUCGACUUGCUUUCAAAAUGUCUUCUAACACCCCCACCACCGCCGCUGCCGCUACCACGGCCAUGCCCUCAGCAGACUCAAAUCCGCGGGUUGUCGUGACGGCGCACGCAGCAGACGGCACAUCUAUUUUCGGGGCGGAUAGCGAGGUGCCGCUGUUCUAUCCCUUCGGGCCCGCAAUCUCGUCGUUCGCCGUUUUCGACAUCCGCGGAACGGUGCCAGUCAAUAACCAGGAGGCUACGGGGGAGUACGCGUCAACGAUACCACGGUGCCCGCCUGGCGGCGUCAUAUUCUGCAUCACUAACAUCCCUGGCAAUUUCACAGUGCCGAUGCACCGGACGCUGAGCAUCGACUAUGCCGUAGUCCUUACCGGUGAAAUUGUUAUUAAGCUCGACAACGGCGAUGAGAAGACAGUCCGCACCGGCGAGUACAUCAUCCAGGGCGGCGCCAACCACCAGUGGAUCAACCGCACCGGCGAGACCUGCCGCAUCGUGGUCGUCAUGGUUAGUGCCGAGAAAGUCAAGUUGGCGGAUGGGACGGAGCUAGAGCAGACGGUCUUGAAGAGAUAAUAGGGCGGUGGACGCAGAUUUCUGGAUAUAUUUUUGAGCCUAUCUUCAAAUUUUCAAAUUGUUCAAAUAGAGUGGGGGCGGUAAACAGGGUUAUAUGAUGCUCUUGUCGCCUAGUGUAGCUUUCAUCCCAGAGUAAUCUCGAAUCCGUUCAAAUACUCCC